AUGGCUAGCACUCUUCGCAAUAUUAUCGUUGUUGGUGGCUCAUUUGUCGGCCGGACUACUGCUCAGGAGCUCGCAAAAGUGGUUCCUCCCACACACAGAGUGCUCUUGACCGAAUCCCACAGUCAUUUCCACCACUUGUUCACUUUCCCUCGUUUCGCCAUCGUCCCCGGACAAGAACACAAGGCUUUCAUUCCAUACAGCGGUCUUUUCUCGGUCGUCACCGACUCCAAAUUACACGAUGUGGUUCAGGCGCGCGUGACAUCGGUUCAAUCCCAGCAUGUAGAGCUGGAUCGCGAAUGGCAGGGAUCCACCAAGAUUCCAUUCGAUUACAUUGUCGUCGCGACAGGAACCCGCCUGUCAAAGCCCGCCGCAAUGGACUCCGACGACAAAUUGCCCUCAGUUGAAUACCUACAAAAGCACCAGGCGGAUGUCAAGCGGUCGCAGUCAAUUCUGAUCGUUGGUGGUGGUGCCGUGGGAGUGCAAAUGGCAACCGACCUGAAAGAGUUCUACCCGGAGAAGGACAUCACAGUGGUUCAGUCACGACCUCAGCUUAUGCCUAGUUUCCACGUUGGGCUGCACGAACUUAUCAAGACUCGUUUUGAUGAGCUGGGAAUUAAUCUCAUCACCGGAGCCCGAGUGACUGUUCCAGAAGGUGGAUUUCCCACCGACGGAAAGCCCUUUGAGGUGCAAUUGACCAACGGAAAUACCGUAUCCACCCAAUUCGUGAUUCUGGCCACCGGCCAAACACCCAACAACCAACUCGUUAAGAACCUAGAGCCCUCUACUUCCGAUAGCCCAUCCGUGCUGAACCCCGACAAUGGCUACAUUCGCAUCCGACCCACCAUGCAGUUCCUGGAUGAGAAGUAUUCCAAUCUCUUUGCCGUUGGAGACAUUGCAGAUACCGGAGCACAGAAAGCUGCGCGACCUGGAUCUGCUCAGGCUGCUGUGGUCGCAAAGAACAUUUUGGCGAUGAUCGAGGGUCGUGAACCAGAAGAUACAUAUGUCAAGGGUCCCGGCGCAAUCCACAUCACCCUUGGAAUGAAAUACAACGUGGUAUUCCGCAACCCCAAUGUGGCAGAAGGACAGACCGAGCCGUGGACCAACCCGAAGCAAGAUGGACGAGAAGAUAUGAAUGUCGAAGGGAUGUGGCAAAGGAUGGGCAUUUCAGUGGACAACCCGCGCCAAUACCAUCUCUAG